CGAGGCUGCGCGCACUGACAGAUUCAAAGCGUAAUUACUGUGUGUGAGACUUUAAAGAGGCUAGUGUUGCUUUUACGUCGAUGAGCCUGUAAAUGUAAAGCUUGUGUGCAUGUGUGAGUCCUGGCGGCGCAGUCAAUAUCUCUCUCUUAUUGAAAACAAACACAAGCUGAGGCGGAACUUGCAGAACUUUUUGCCCCACUAAGCUAGGACAUAAUGCCUGUUCGACGGGGACACGUUGCGCCUCAGAACACCUUCCUGGACACCAUCAUUCGGAAAUUCGACGGUCAAAAUCGCAAAUUCAUUAUCGCCAAUGCUCGAGUUGAAAACUGCGCCAUUAUUUUCUGCAAUGAUGGUUUUUGUGGCAUGUGCGGCUACACACGUGCAGAGGUCAUGCAGAAGCCGUGUACCUGCAGUUUUCUGUAUGGACCGCGUACUGGACGACCAGCGGUGGCCCAGAUGGCCAAAGCCUUACUAGGCUCUGAAGAAAGGAAAGUGGAGAUCUCCCUAUAUAGGAAAGAUGGUGUGUGUUUGCCGUGCUUUGUGGAUGUGGUUCCAGUUAAGAAUGAGGAUGGCUUAGUCAUCAUGUUCAUCCUGAAUUUUGAGCUUGCAGAUCAGCAGGACAGACCCCUCGACAGCUCACCAGGCAGAGAGAUCAACCACAAACAAACCAUCCCAUGGCUCUCUAAAGCAAGAAGACGGCGUCUCAGGUUGCCUCUGCUGCGCUCCCUGAGUGGCAGUAAACAGUCUGUGAAUGAAGAUUCUGAAAAAGGCUACAUGCAGCCGAUGCCCCAUAUGGGCCAUGAGUCAGUAGCCCUGGACAAACUGCUCUCCCUGCCUGACCGCUCUGCACUGGGAGGAUCUCAGCUGUUUUUGUGGGAAGAUAAGGCACAGAAUGAGCCUGAAAGUGAGCCAAGGCCAUCAGAAGCGUCCCCUCCCCUGCCUCAGGGCUUCUCUCAGUCCUCCCCUCGUCUGCACAACCUCACCUCAGAGGCAUCUCCAUCCAGCUGCAGCAUGGCACACAGCCGCUCCUGCGAGAGCCUGUGUGGCAUGCGGCCCUCACCCUCCACCAAUGACUUCAACUGGGACAGGAAGCUGCCCGUCAGACCCAGUAGCACAGGUGCCAUGCACCGCAAAGCCAGCUUGCAGAAUGCUACUUCCGAUUCAGAUCCCAUUCGGCUCCGGACCUCAGCUCAGGGCCCCCGAAUAUCACACACCUUAAUAGAUAUGAAGCCAGACCCCUUAAUCGCUGUUCCACCGGGUGAGAUUGACAUCAUCGCCCCCUGCAAACUGAUAGACCGGACCCAUAAUGUGACAGAGAAAGUCACUCAGGUGCUGUCUCUGGGUGCAGAUGUCCUUCCUGAGUAUAAGCUCCAGGCUCCCCGAAUCCACAAAUGGACCAUUUUACACUACAGCCCCUUCAAAGCAGUCUGGGACUGGGUCAUCUUGCUGCUGGUCAUCUAUACGGCGAUCUUUACACCUUAUUCGGCUGCGUUCCUGCUCAGCGAUGAGGAAGAGGCUGCCAUGCAGCGCUGCGGCUACUCUUGCAGUCCACUCAACGUGGUGGACCUCAUUGUGGAUAUCAUGUUCAUAGUGGACAUUGUGAUUAACUUUCGCACAACCUACGUGAACAGCAACGAAGAAGUGGUCAGUCAGCCUGGCCGAAUAGCCAUCCACUAUUUUAAAGGCUGGUUCCUCAUUGACAUGGUGGCUGCCAUUCCUUUCGACUUGCUCAUUUAUCGCUCUGUGGAAGAUACGACGACUCUGAUUGGUCUGUUGAAGACUGCUCGGCUACUGCGAUUAGUGCGUGUGGCACGUAAACUCGAUCGCUACUCCGAGUAUGGAGCCGCGGUGCUCUUUCUCCUCAUGUGCACCUUUGCACUAAUUGCUCACUGGCUGGCCUGCAUCUGGUAUGCUAUUGGGAAUGUGGAGAGGAGCGGCCCGUCUCGGAUUGGUUGGCUUGAUUCUUUGGGUGAACAGCUGGGGAAGCCGUAUAAUAAGACGAAUCCUGCAUCAGGACCCUCUAUUAAAGAUAAAUAUGUCACUGCCCUAUACUUCACCUUCAGCAGCCUCACCAGCGUGGGAUUUGGAAACGUCUCCCCAAACACCAACUCUGAGAAGAUCUUCUCCAUCUGUGUCAUGCUUAUUGGAGACACCUUGGUCCACGCUGGUGAUGUAAUUUCAGCUCUGUACUUCAUUUCUCGUGGCUCCAUUGAGAUCUUAAAGGGAGAUGUGGUUGUGGCCAUUUUGGGCAAGAAUGAUAUAUUCGGAGAGCCCAUUAACUUAUAUGCGCGUCCUGGAAAAUCAAGUUCUGAUGUGAGAGCACUGACGUACUGUGACCUGCAUAAAAUCCACAGAGAUGAUAUAGUGGAGGUCUUGGACAUGUAUCCAGAGUUCUCAGACUACUUCUGGAGCAACCUGGAGAUCACCUUCAACUUGAGAGAUACUAACACUAAAGCUGGGUCAGUGAGCAGUGACACUGAAGAUUCUGACCAUGGCUGUCUUGACCAUCACACACGAAGAGCAAAGCUGUUCUUCCAGUCCAAAAGAAACUCUAUGCCACAAGUAGCAGAUACAGAGAAAACGGAAGAAAAUCUCAAUAAGACGACUUUCAGAACUCAGAAUUCAAGCAAGCAGCACAAGGAUAGACAAGCUGCUCAUCGGGACUCAGACAUUUUUGCCUCCCAAUUCAGCAGUGAUGAAGAGGAAGAGACCAGACGGCCCACUGCGAUAGUAGACUGCUCUCAGAGCCGUAUCACUAGUGCCAGCAGUGCUAAUAGAGACAAGAACCACAACAGCAGCAACUCUUUCAAUGCACUGUCAGGCGCUCUUUCUGGGGUUUCUAACAUCUUCAGCUUCUGGGGGGACAGUCAGGGCCAUCAGUACCAGGAAGUACCCAGCCACAGCAUGUCCUUACCCUCAUCUUCGGUGCCCUCUAAUACUGUCCUGCACAGUGUUACCCAUCGUCAUUGCACUGAGGUAGAGAAUAGACUGGAAAUGAUGCAGAGACAGCUCCACCGAUUGGAGAAGCGCAUGUCAACAGACAUGGGGGCCAUAAUGCAGUUGCUUCAGAGGCAGAUGGUGCUGGUUCCACCAGCCUACAGCUCUGUGACGUCCCCUGUAGAAGCAUCUCCAAAUCCACCCAAACCAGGCCAGAAAUUGGUCCAUCCUGUCAACCCUUUAGAGACGGAAACACCAGCCAUUCUCUCUGAGAUACUUGACCCCCACGACUUUGCUGACAGUCCCAAAAAGUCCAGUGAAAGUCUGUCAGGUGCAAUAGAGCUCCAGCUCCUGGACUCUUCCUUACAGCCCUCCUCUGAGACUCCUUCUGGGGCUUAUACGGGACGAUGGCCACAUAGCAUGGGCCACAAUGCAGCAAAUGUCCCUGAUUAUCUUACAGCUCACACUGAUCACCAACAAACAGUCAUAGCUGAUCGAGGUAGUUAUAGUUUUUUAGAUGCGGAGCCUAUUGGAACUGUUCACCAUCCACAAUCUGGACUGAGGUUAGAUUUGGAGCGUUCAAGACGCCUAUCACUGCCAGUGCAACAUCACGUAGAGGAUGAUUCCUCAAUCCAAAAAUGACAUGGUUCUAAUCCUGGGUGUUAGGAUUGAAACUUUUAUUUAGCAUCUCAGUGGAAAACAAUGCAUACAUCCUAAUGGACCACAGCAAUGUUGGCAGGAUGUUUUGUAGACCUUCUACUUCAGAUUCAUAUUAAUUACCUCAGACACUUUAACGUAGAGGCAUCAUUAAUGUCCCUGUAGUUUGGUAUAUUUGUGUUAGCUGGUCUAACGGUACUCGUGCUUUUUACCUGCCUCUCACUGAAAACGUUUUAUUUAUUUUACGAAAGUGUUCUCUCGUUAUUUUGAGGUGUCAGUGUAAUAAUUUGUAUUAGCAUAUCAAUUUUUUUAACAGUGUGGUUUUGUGUUGAAUUGAUUGUCUGUUUAGAAGUCUUGGACAUAUUGUAGCAAUACACUGGAAAGUCCCAUCGGAGUGUGAUUUAUUAGGGUUUAAAUGGUCGUUUGGAAAUUUUAUCUCAGGUGGAGAUAAAGCUCAUCUCUAGUAGCUGAAAUACCUCAGAGUGAGUGAUUCCAGGGAACACCGGUGAAUCCUGCUGAAUAACAUGCUGGUAGUUUACGUGACUGAAAGCAUGUGUUUAUAUCUUUCAAGGCCAUCCAUUGCACAGAUUGUCCCUUGUGAAUAUGUUAUCACUCUAAAUAUUUAAUCAUCAGUUUGGCCAAAGGGUCAAAAUGUGUUAAAUGUGAUUUAGAUAGGUUAUGAAUGAAAAUCUAUUUUGAUCAUAAUCCAUAUCAUUAGUGCAAUUAGUGUUGAAAUAU